GAGCCGCGGCCCAGCGCGGUGUCCUCCUCCUCCUCCUCCGCCGCCGUGCCCGGCUGCCGGCCCCUCGGCCCCCCGGCCCGCGGAGGUUCAGAAGAACCCAGGGAAUGCCAACAGUGGCUAACAGGAUGGUUCCAGCAAUGACUUAGUACUGCGCAGCUUGAAGCAGGAAAGCAGAUGCAGUUUGAAGGGCCACGCUAAGUAAGAAGGGGGUGCAUGUCUGCAUGUAUAUCUAACACAUUAUACAUCUACAAAUCUAUAAAGGCACACGUCUACCCAAACCUGCCCGCUCCGUACCGCACACUCUCGGGGGCUGUGCAACUGAUGACAAUUCAUUCAAGAGCCAGAUGGAACCAGGUGACCCCACCGGACUCAGGCACACAGGCAGAUCCACGUAUUACUAAUAUCCGGCUUUCCCUAUGGUCUUCACGGGUGAAGAAAGUGUGCAAGAAGAGGAAAAAAAAAGUCCCGCAAAGGUCAAACCGGAACAAGACCCCUACCGUUUCAAGGAUGAAAUGAGCGAGGAGGAGACGGGGAGGUGAGUGAACAGGCGAGAAAACGGAAUAAACAGUUCAGACUGUGUCGAGUCCCCAUUGGAAACAGAGCCCACCAUGUGUGGGGGACUGGCUUCGAAUUGCAAAAGCCAGUGGAACUGGUGGAUUUUCUGAUUCUGAGCAGACGGAAGAGAGCUCUUUUACUUCCCGCCCCCAACUCUCUACUCCCUUCAGCCUGGAUUGGUGUGCGCUCCUACCUGCACAAGCUCUGGUCUGUUUUGCACGGUUUGUGUGCCUUUUGUUCCCUUUAUGCAAUCUUUUUCAGCUUUAGCAGCGGAAAUUUGUUGGGUUCGGAAGACAUGCCAGAGGGUGGCUUGGGAGAAAAAGCACGGCUAUUCGAUACACUCGAUUUCUUCUUCUGAACAUUUGACGAGCAAAUCCGACCGGAGGAGUUCAAAAAGCCUUAAGUUACUUGAACCCUACAAGUUUGCAACCCCCUCGACGCUGGAGUCCCCUCACACUAAACUGGAAUCUCAGGCUCUAUAAAGAGAACCACGUUGAGCAAAAAGACGUCUCACCUGUUCCUUGAAUGCCCCCUUCUUAAAGAUGCUGUUUCUCCAAAGGAUAUGUGUACCCUCACUCCUAGGACUUAAAAAUGUAUCAGAAUUUUUUUUUUAACGUUACUUUUCUUAGCAGACUGCCAUCAUCUUUUAUAGAGAGCAAUUUUUCACUAUGCAUUUGGUGGAUAUUUAUAAAACACUGACCCUCUGAUCUACCCCAGGUCGACCUUGAUGACUGAAAAACAAAAGUAAAACGAACAGCCAACCAAGCCAACAAAUCUCUAUUUAAAUAUUCUGCACUGGACUUUCCUAUUUUUGUCCCACGCAGUUUCAUGAAAGACUGAAAAAAAAAAGAAAAGAAAACAAAAAAAAGCAUGUAUGCAGUAGUAGAACAUGGGCCUGUCCUUUGCAGUGAUUCCAAUAUUCUCUGCCUUUCCUGGAAAGGCAGAGUUCCCAAGAGUGAGAAGGAGAAGCCAGUGUGCAGGAGGCGGUAUUACGAAGAAGGCUGGCUGGCCACUGGGAAUGGCCGAGGCGUCGUAGGUGUGACGUUCACCUCCAGUCACUGUAGGAGGGAAAGGAACAGCCCUCAGAGAAUCAACUUCAACUUGCGCGGCCACAACAGUGAGGUUGUGCUGGUGAGAUGGAACGAGCCAUUCCAGAAACUGGCCACGUGCGAUGCAGAUGGAGGAAUAUUUGUAUGGAUCCAAUAUGAGGGCAGAUGGUCUGUAGAGCUGGUAAAUGACCGAGGGGCACAGGUUAGUGAUUUUACAUGGAGCCAUGAUGGAACUCAAGCCCUGAUCUCAUAUAGGGAUGGAUUUGUGCUGGUUGGGUCCGUUAGCGGACAGAGACACUGGUCUUCAGAGAUUAACUUGGAAAGUCAAAUCACCUGUGGCAUAUGGACUCCUGAUGAUCAACAGGUUCUGUUUGGCACAGCUGACGGGCAAGUGAUCGUCAUGGAUUGCCAUGGCAGGAUGCUGGCCCAUGUUCUCCUGCAUGAGUCUGACGGUAUCCUGAGCAUGUCCUGGAACUAUCCCAGCUUCCUGGUAGAAGACAGCAGUGAGAGUGACACUGACUCUGAUGACUACUCCCCACCUCAAGAUGGCCCAGCAGCCUAUCCCAUCCCAGUACAGAACAUCAAACCACUGCUCACUGUCAGCUUCACGUCGGGAGAUAUCAGCUUAAUGAAUAACUACGACGACUUGUCUCCUACUAUCAUCCGCUCAGGGUUGAAAGAGGUGGUGGUCCAGUGGUGCACACAAGGAAACUUAUUAGCAGUAGCAGGGAUGGAGAAGCAAAACCAGCUGGCUGAACUUGCCUCCAAUGUUCUCCUCCUUAAGAGCGCACUGGUCAAGUUCUACAAUGUUCGUGGGGAGCACAUCUUCACACUGGAGACACCCGUGCAGCGUCCCAUCAUCUCCAUCUGCUGGGGUCACCGGGACUCCCGCCUACUCAUGGCCUCUGGCCCUGCCCUGUACGUGGUGCGCGUGGAACACCGCGUCUCCAGCCUGCAGCUCCUGUGCCAGCAAGCCAUCGCCAGCUCCCUGAAGGACGACAAGGACAUCAGCAAGCUGACCCUGCCCCCGCGGCUCUGUUCCUACCUCACCACUGCCUUCAUUCCCACUAUUAAGCCCCCUAUCCCAGACCCCAACAACAUGAGGGAUUUUGUCAGUUACCCUACUGCUGGCAACGAGAGACUCCACUGUACCAUGAAACGCACCGAAGAUGACCCGGAGGUUGGUGGGCCGUGUUACACCUUGUACCUGGAGUAUCUCGGAGGGCUGGUGCCCAUCCUCAAAGGCCGCCGGAUCAGCAAACUGCGGCCAGAGUUUGUCAUCAUGGAUCCUAAAACGGAUGGCAAAACAGAUGAAAUCUAUGGAAACAGCUUGAUUUCUACCGUGAUUGACAGCUGCAACUGCUCGGAUUCCAGUGAUAUCGAACUGAGUGACGACUGGGCUGCUAAGAAGUCUCCCAAAAUCACUAGAGCUAGCAAAUCACCCAAACUCCCCAGAAUCAACAUUGAAGCCCGCAAGUCUCCAAAGCUUUCUCGAGCCGCUCAGGAGAUAUCCAGGUCACCUCGGUUACCGAUAAGGAAACCCUCAAUUGGCUCACCAAGCCUAACUCGCAGAGAGUUUCCACUGGAAGAUAUCACUCAGCACAACUACCUUGCUCAGGUCACGUCUAAUAUCUGGGGAACCAAGUUUAAGAUUGUUGGAUUGGCCACCUUCCUGCCAACUAACCUUGGUGCAGUCAUCUAUAAAACAAGCCUACUGCACCUUCAGCCUAGACAGAUGACCAUAUAUCUCCCCGAAGUACGGAAAAUUUCCAUGGACUACAUUAACUUGCCCGUCUUCAACCCCAAUGUUUUCAGUGAAGAUGAAGAUGAUUUACCAGUGACCGGAGCGUCCGGAGUUCCCGAGAACAACCCGCCCUGUACCGUGAACAUCCCCAUCGCACCCAUCCACAGCUCGGCCCAGUCCAUGUCCCCGACUCAGAGCAUAGGGCUGGUGCAGUCCUUGCUGGCCAAUCAGAACGUUCAGUUGGACGUCCUGACUAACCAGACGACGGCCGGCGGGGUGGCGGACCGCGCGGGCGACGGCACCGUCCCGUACCCGGCCCCUGGCAGGUACUCCAACCCCGGACAGGUGAUUUUUGGAGGAGUAGAAGUGGGGCGCAUUGUACAGGUGCCCCCUCCGCUGCCUCUCCCGCCCCAGGGACCGAUGCAGCUGUCCGCGAUGGACCACGGGGACCGAGAGCACGAGCACCUGCAGAAGGCCCCGAAGGCGCCGCGUCCGCCACAGCUGGCGGCCGAGGGGGACGCCGUGGUCUUCGGCGCCACCCAAGAGCUCCCGCUGACCAAAAUGAACCCACCCCCUCCCUACCCGGGCACGAUCCCGGCGGCUCCCACCACGGCGGCCCCGCCCCCUCCGUUGCCUCCUCUGCCGCCUCCGCCCCCGCCUCCGACGGACCUCUGCCUGAAGAAGGGAGACUUCCCCUUGUACCCGUCCCCCAGGCACUACCAGACGCCUCUUGGCUACGAGAGGAUCACGACCUUCGACAGCAGCGGCAACGUGGAGGAGGUGUGCCGGCCCCGGCUGCGGAUGCUGUGCGCCCAGAACACGUACCCCCUGGGCGGCCCCGGCAGCUCAGCCACCCUGAGGCUCACAGCCACCGAGAAGAAGGUCCUGCAGCCCGGCUCCAGCGCCACGCUCAACCGGUUGACGGUGCCCCGCUACUCCAUCCCCACCGGGGACCCGCCCCCAUACCCGGAGAUGGCCGGCCAGCUAGGCCAGGGGCGGGGGGCGGCGCAGAGGCUGGACGGCGUCCUGGUCCACGCCACGCUGCGGAGGAACAGCCGGGAGGCGGCCCUGAAGAUGGCCCAGGCAGCCGACGGACAGCGGGCCACGCUGCAGCUCCCGCCGAAGCCGAAGAACGGGGUGGGCCCGGCCCAGUAUCAGCCCCCCAGGACCCCUGCGGCCUUGUACACCUGCAGCCAGUGCAGCGGGGGUGGCGGGAGCGGGGCUGGCACGAGCGGCGGCCUGGCCUGCGGUGGCCCACGGCCGGAUCUGAGCUCCCAGCAUGGCUCGGUGGUGCCGCACUCCAUCAGCGCCUCCCCUCUGGCCUCCCAGUCAUCGUACAGCCUGCUGAGCGCCCCCGAUGGCUCCCGGGACCGGACGGACUACGUCAACUCCGCCUUCACGGAGGACGAGGCCUUCUCGCCGCACCGUCAGGCCGAGAAGCCCCUCAGGCACCUGGCAGCGAGCGAGGCGGCCUCUGGGGCCAAGAGGCCCCCGCCUUACCAGUGGGACCCUGUGGGAGGGGAGGAGAUAUGGGUCCCUCAGGAAAGGACAGGGCAGGGCGGGGCGGCCAACCCCUUGAAGCCCCCGCCCCCGCCGCCUCUCCUGCUGGGCCAGGCCCAGCACCUGGAAGUGGCCCGCGGGCCCUUCGUCUCCUCCAAGCUCCCGGCCAGCCCCACUGCCACUUUCCAGGCGGGCUAUGGGCUGGGCCUCCCUUACCUGGGCGGCUACGGGAACCCCGCUCUGCACGGGCCUCCGACCCCCUGCUCGCCGAAAGACGCCCUGGUACCACCCCAGUUUUCCCAGCAGGAGCCCGCCGGACUGUUCCAGCCGGGCUACCCUUCCAACUUGGCCUAUUGCCCCCUGCCCCCCAUGUACCCUGGGAGCAGUCCCUGCUCGAGUUUACAGCACCCGUCCCUCACCCUGCACCCCUGGAAUGCCUACGCCACCUGUCCGCCGCCCGUGCCAGCCGGCCAGGGCCCACUGCCCCCGAGGCCCCACCCAGGCGGGGAGAAGCCGGCCGCCCCGCCGGCCCCUCCCCCGCCGGCCGAGCCCCCCGGCCACGGGGGCUCGGAAGUGGUGGUGGAGGCGGCGGACGCCUUCCAGGAGGUCCUGUCUCUGAGCGAGAGCCCCGCGCCCCAGCGGACGGACAAGUUCGGGAAGAAGAGCCGGAAGCACCUGGACGGCCGGGCAGAGGAAGGGAGCGUGCAGGCCGUCACCGAGGGCAAGGGCAAGAAGGAGGCCAGGACGCUGAGCGACUUCAACUCGCUCAUCGCCAGCCCUCGCCUUGGGAGGGAGAAGAAGAAAGCCAAGAGCCAGAAGGACCAGCUGAAGGCCAAGAAGCUGAACAAGACCAACGAGUUCCAGGACAGCUCGGAGAGCGAGCCGGAACUGUUCAUCAGCGGGGAUGAGCUGAUGAACCAGAGCCAGGGCAGCAAGAAGGGCUGGAAGACCAAGAGGAACCUGAGGACGGCCAGCGAGCUGGACGAGUUCAAAUGCCGCAAGGCUAACGAGAAGGAGGACGGCAGGCUGGGGAGUCAGGGGUUCGUCUACGUCAUGGCUAACAAGCAGCCUCUGUGGAACGAGGCCACGCAGGUGUACCAGCUGGACUUUGGAGGGCGGGUGACCCAGGAAUCGGCCAAAAAUUUCCAGAUUGAGUUGGAAGGGCGACAGGUGAUGCAGUUUGGAAGGAUUGAUGGAAAUGCUUACAUUUUGGACUUUCAGUACCCCUUCUCAGCCGUUCAAGCUUUUGCAGUUGCUCUGGCUAACGUGACUCAGCGCCUGAAAUGAUACGGUCAGUGACUAGAAGGGGAAGAAACACAAGUGCCCAGUUCAGAGAGGCAUGGUUGAAGAAAAUACCAGGCGCUCUGUCGUGGACGCUCUGACACACCCACCUGCCAGGACACAAAGACAGCAUUAAAACUGGAAAUGUCUCUCAGGCCCCCCCAAAAGAGGGCCCUGAACUUGGAUCGUUAUUGGUUUUAUUGUUGAUUUGAGUAAUCCUUUCUUUCCUCUCUCUUUUGUUGAAGCAAACCAACAAACAAACACAUAGUGCUGGGUGUUUGAGAGAUCAAGGGGUGAGAGCCAUUCAGUGUUCUGUUGGGACGUGUAGCUUUCGACUUGUGGUGACGGUUGUGCGUGUUUAACGUGAGUUAGUGGGGCGUGGGGAGGGGAAAGACAAACUUUUUUGGUAGGUGGCCUUACUUCCUUCAUUUUAAGUCUUUCAAAAACAGGGCACAUUUAUUUUUCACCUUCCUCUGGAUCCAGCUUUUACUACUACCCUGUAACAUGGAUACAGUGGGAAACAAAAUCCCAACCACAAGAUACCCAAAGAGCCAAGUUCUCUUGUGUGUUAAAAGCAGGGCAUGACAACAGGGACUUUGUGGAGUGGGAAGGGUGAGAGGUGUUAGACACAACGGACGCGGCAGAUUCUGCCGAGGAGGAGAAUUCAGUGGAGGGCAUUUGGAAAAAAUCACUAAGCUUCUGCUUCCUUGGGACUGUAUUCCAUCAGUGUAGAUGUGGGGAAGGGCAUCCCUUUACCCUGCUGAUUAGCCCAUCAUUCAGCUGCCUGAUCUUUUUACCCGUGCACGAGAUACGUAGAAGGGCUACGUUUUUCCUGUUGGGACAUUUAAGGGAAGUGAUUUUGCUCGUUACAUGUAUAUCAGAGUUCCAUAAAAGCCGAGAGGAUUAUCCCUGCCGUUAGGCUUUUGGUUAAGGGGAGUCACAAGAUUGUCCCAAAGGUGUAGAAGAGUUUUCUGAAGCCAGCUGGGGUGGUGAGUCUAAUUACCCAGCAGCCCACUGGGAAUCGAUCCUCUGUUCUGUUAGGUCCAGAUAAAACUGGUUUAAAUGGUUUAAUGGCCACCGUCCUCACAACUGCUGUUCAAGUGUGUCUCCACCGCUCUCUGAUUUGAAAACAGAGGAACCUUCCUUUCUUGACCCUGUUCCAGCAGCCCAGUUUUGCACUGAUGGGGAAAAUGUGACUGUAGCUUUCUAUGAAAAAAUUCACUCUUAUCGGGUCUCUCUCUAAUCCCGGUUUGGUGGGUGUCUCCAAUCCACAAGGUGACACACAGUGUAGAGUGUUUUCUGAGAAGGUAAAUGGACUCGAGACUUUUUUUAGCGUAAGUAAAGGUCAGCUAAUCUUGCUAUCUGGUUGGAUAACUUGUUUUUUGUUGUUGUUGUUGUUACUCUUUGUUUGUAUAACUGGAAUUUUCUCUUGGAUGACCACUUAUGGAAUGGGAAGAAGGCCAAGUGAUGUACGAUACAAAGUGGAACUCUUACGAAUAUAUAUUUGAAGUGUAUAUGUAACCAAGCAUUCAGGUUGUAUUCUGAACGCCCCCAGGAGUUUGAAAGCCAAUGAAUUUCUCUCUGUGCAUGUAACACGUGAUAUUGUUGGUGAGAGGGGAACGCCAAGAAUUUGUGAGAUGUCGUCAUGUCACCCGACUGCUAGGCUUGGAUCCUCAGUGCAUUCUGGUGGAAGAUCUACUGGAGGAAGAAGAAUCGUUCAAAGAAGCAUUUUCUGUCAUUUCAAAAACAUUUUAUUUUUUAAUUCCCUGCUCAGUUUAGCCUUCCAGGACAACAUCGGUUUAAGCCUGAAAACUAGAAACAGGUCCGCCUUGACCUAUCUAGCUGCUCCACUCAAAACAAGAUGAGUUUAGUAGCUAUAGAUCCCUCAGAAACACUGAUGCAUUUACUAAAGUUCUGAAAGUUACGGUUUGCCAGCUGCACCCAGAGUUCCACAUUUUCUAUUUUAAAUGUUAUAAACCAGUUUUUGGUAGAUAAGUUCUUCUAGGAAGAAUUUAGCAAUGUGUUUUGAAUUAUCGAAUUCUUUUAUACAUUCAUUAGUUUUCUGUAGCCUGAUAUGUUUUUUCAGUGCUUAUUUUUAGUUGUGCAAUAAUUGUAACGGCCUAGUUUCUUUUUGUUUUUUUGUUGGUUUUUUUAAAAGUAAUUUAAAUGCAAA